AUGGCUAAACAAGAGAGUGGUGGUAAAAAUAACAAGAGAGAUCGUAGUCCUGUUGCUGUAACCAUAUUAAAUAAAACAUUAGGAAAUGAAAAUAUGGUAGGAAGCUGUAAGAAAAGAGAAUUAACAUCUUAAAGUCUAUGAACAUUUUACAAUAAAUCCUCAUAAAUGUAUAUGCAACAGUUAUUCAAUUAGUAUACAUAAUCCAAGAAAAACCUAAUAAUAGUAUAAUGUUAUAGAAGCAUCUAGAAAAAACAGGAGCUGUAUAAAAGCCAGCAUUUGAUGUUAAUUAAAUAACAGAUGAUUCACCACCUUUAGAAAGUAAUUAAAUAGUUUUUAUAGAUUAGAGGAUAUUAUUGAUAAAUUAAAUACAAUGAAUAGAACUCCUCGUUAGAAAUAUUAAUUUCCAUAGACUUCUAAUCAAGAAUUAGGAUGGCAUUCAAUUGUAAUAUAUAGACUAUUUUCUUUUUUAGAAUUCUAAUAGCCUAUCUCCUUCAAAAUUCACAUAUCCAAGAAAACUAUGUAAAGAAACAAAUUAUGCAAAUGAUUACUUUACAAUGAAUAAAAUCAGUCCUUAUUCCAAUAAGUUUAAAUGA